AUGGACACAGUCAACGAGAGGACGAGUCUGCUGAUGGAACAGCAACAUCCCGGAAAAUUAAAUAACAGAAGAUUAUAUGAUGACCUCAAUGCAGGGGAACGCUUAACUGGCCAACAGCACUGUCACUCAUCUGCUGGCAACGGCAUUCGUGGAGAGCGUGAGAAGGGCAGGGCCCGCCUCCAGCUGUAUGUGGCCUCGUCUAUCUGUCUGCUGUUCAUUGUGGGUGAGGUGGUAGGGGGCUAUCUGGCCCACAGUCUGGCCAUCCUGACAGACGCGGCCCACCUGCUGACAGACUUUGCCAGCAUGCUGCUCAGCCUCUUCUCCCUGUGGAUGUCCUCCCGCCCUGCCACCAAGACCAUGAACUUCGGCUGGCACCGCGCAGAGAUCCUCGGGGCGUUGCUGUCUGUGCUGUCCAUUUGGGUGGUGACAGGUAUUCUGGUGUACCUGGCAGUGCAGAGAGUGAUGUCACAGGACUUCCAGAUCAACGGCGGGGUCAUGCUCAUCACAUCCGGGUGUGCGGUCGCAGUGAACAUAAUAAUGGGUAUCACUCUUCACCAGUCUUCCCACAUCCAUGGACACAGCCAUGGUUCUAGCAGUCCUCCACAUUCCCAGAGGCCCCAGCAGAAUGCUAGCGUGCGUGCUGCUUUCGUCCAUGUGAUCGGGGAUCUACUGCAGAGCCUGGGAGUGCUGGUGGCAUCCUAUGUCAUCUACUUUAAGCCAGAGUGCAAGCUGAUUGAUCCCAUCUGUACCUUCCUGUUCUCCUUCCUGGUGCUGGGAACCACCCUCACCAUCCUGAGGGACGUGCUGACUGUGCUGAUGGAGGGUACGCCUCGGGGGUUGGACUUCACACAGGUGAAACAGACACUGUUGUCAGUCAAAGGCGUGAGGUCUCUUCACAGCCUUCACAUCUGGGCACUAAGUGUCAACCAGCCAGUGCUGUCUGUCCACAUUGCCAUCAAGGACGGAGUGGACGGACAGGCAGUGAUGAAGGAGGCCAGUCGUGUCCUGCAGGAGCAGUUUGACUUCCACACCAUCACCAUCCAAAUCGAGGAUUACUCGGAAGAUAUGCAGAACUGCCACCAGUGCCAGGACCCACAGGACUAA